AUGCCUGUCUAUGAACACUUAUUGCCUGCUAACGGAGCAUGGAGACAAGAUGUCACCAAUUGGCUUAGCGAGGACGUUCCCUCUUUUGAUUUUGGUGGAUACGUCGUUGGUUCCGACCUGAAGGAGGCCAAUUUGUACUGUAAGCAAGAUGGUAUGCUGUGUGGUGUCCCCUUUGCGCAAGAAGUCUUUAAUCAAUGCGAACUACAAGUUGAAUGGUUGUUCAAGGAAGGCUCUUUGUUGGAGCCUUCGAAGAAUGACUCCGGUAAGCUGGUUAUAGCUAAAGUUACUGGGCCUGCCAAAAACAUCUUAUUAGCUGAGAGGACUGCCUUGAACAUCCUCAGCAGAAGUAGUGGAAUUGCCACCGCCUCACAUAAGAUCAUCAAUUUGGCACGUUCGACCGGUUAUAAGGGGAUCAUUGCGGGGACAAGAAAGACUACACCGGGUUUACGUAGAUUAGAAAAGUAUUCCAUGCUUGUAGGUGGGUGCGACACCCACAGAUAUGACCUUUCCUCUAUGGUCAUGCUUAAAGACAAUCACAUUUGGGCCACUGGUUCUAUAACAAACGCAGUGAAGAACGCCAGGGCAGUGUGCGGGUUUGCUGUGAAAAUCGAAGUGGAAUGUUUAAGUGAGGAUGAAGCUACGGAGGCCAUUGAGGCUGGUGCAGAUGUUAUCAUGUUGGAUAAUUUCAAAGGUGACGGUUUGAAAAUGUGCGCCCAAAGUCUAAAGAACAAAUGGGAUGGUAAAAAACAUUUCCUCUUGGAAUGUAGUGGAGGCUUGAAAUUGGACAACCUCGAGGAGUAUUUGUGCGAUGACAUUGAUAUUUACAGCACCAGUAGUAUUCAUCAGGGUACACCCGUGAUUGAUUUCUCACUCAAACUAGCUCACUGA